AUGUCAACGUUAAUCACUGAAUUUGAAGAUAUUUUAAAUGCUGAAGUUUAUGUCGACCUUGAUAAGCUGCGAGAAUCGGCUAGACAUGGUGUUCCCAUGAAAGUUCGUGGGGAAGUAUGGAAGUAUUUACUUGGAGUUAAUCCAGCUGAUAGAU